GGCCGUUUUUGUGUACACAUGCAGUGAUGCAGUCACAGUCUCGAUCGGUCCUGCUCUUUGACUCUGACUACGAACAAAACACAGUACGGAACACCCGGUCAUGCGAGCGGAAAUGGGUCAAUUAAUUCGAUGACGUCAUUAUUUCCGUUUCGGCGACGAAAAAAAAAGACCAGACAAGAAUAAGUGAACACACUCAAAAUAUACAGUGCAUAAAUGCCUGCGACGACAGGUACACGACGUCGUAUGCACGACGACGUGUAUCAUACACACACGUACACAUGCGCUAUGCGUGCAUGCUAGCUAGCUAGCUAGCUGGAAUCAGGCACCGAAGACUAGACGAAGGUAUUUGUUGUUUGCACAGAUACAGUGAGUGGAGCAUGUUAGAACAAGUUUAUUUUCAGAAGAGACUAGUAUGACGUUUCAUCGUACAUUUUUAACUCUUGCUACCCUGUUCUUAGGAUAUUUUGUGAACGGAUAAGAUGAUUUGAUUGUGUCUCCGCCGGUGAAUUCAAUAUAAUAAGAAAGGCCCCGAUCCGAUGUGCAAACGCAGGACUAGACUCGCUAUCGCACAGCCACAGGGGCACAGAUUCUCCGACUCGCUGAUGAUGUGAUAUCGCCGUCCUACACUAUAGUUGUGCAUGCAAUGCAAUGCAGUCACAGGGAGGCAAGUACACUGUGCCAGUGGAUGUAGCAGGCUGAGCUAGCUCUGUGCUUUGGUCAUUCCAUGGUUUUGUAUUUCAGCACUUGUGGUCACUAGACGCAUAGUAAACUGAAGGAGAGCUAGAGAGUAGAGAUAGAUCUGGCACUAUUGCCACUAGUAACUAACAGUUAUAUCUACGGUACUGACCCACAGAAGCAAAGUCCAAACUUUCCAAAGUAACUUUUCGUCAGGAGUCACAUCAUUACAAUUACAUAUACAUGAUACGUCUUUAGUCAGAACUGGAUCCUGUCGACUGUCUAACGACACGUUAGAAAUUGAAUCUAGACUAGAGCUAGAGUCGAGACUUUCAACAAUAACAUAAAAAGCUUUAACAACCAAACAAAGAUGGCAUCUGCCUCAUCAGCAUCAAUUCUUUUUGCUCUCUCCAAAAGACGGUCAACUUCUUCUCCACAAUUACAUUGUGAAGCUACAGACUUUUCAUCUCUGACUGGAAUUCCAAAUGCAACAAGCACUUCUGCAUCCUCUUGGUCAGAUGGUAAUGGGAUCACUGUCAAUACAGUAGACAGGAAAAGCGUGAAGAUAAGUAACAUCACACAGGCAUCUGUGCAUUGGCUAGAGCCAAAGCAAAGGGCAGUUCUCCAAGAUGUUGUGGACCCAGUGGUGAAACCCAAGAAGUCUGCAUUUGUUCAGAUGAGAGGAGGCGGCAGUGAAAGAGAAAGUUCAUGUCGGCCUGGUGAAAGACAGCUCAGACCUGAUUCUGAACUGCUAUGUUGCAAUGAGACAAUUCACUAUCUCCAAGGUAGUGACUCUGAAUCAGAGACCUCUCCUGGAGGGUCACCAAGACGGAAAUCGCACGCCGGUAUCAAGCAAAAAAAUCAAAGCCAAAAACUGAAGAGGUUUAGUAAGGCAGCUAGUCAGAUAUUUUCGAAACUGAAACUUGAAACCAAAAGUAUAAGAGGAAAAGACAGGAGGAAGCACACUGAUAAAAGCGACGAUGAAUCCGAUGGUGAAGAUGUACUACCAAUCUCAAGGAGACGUUCAAGGUCAUUGACCAGCAGGGUAAUGAAACGAUUUGGGCACAAGGAUGAAGAUGUUACACACGAAAGCUCUGAUAGUCCCAAGGCGGAUGCAAUCACAGUCAAAAGCACAUCGAUGUCUUCUGAUGAGAAAGAAAAGCAAAAGAUAAAGCAUAAAAAACAAGCCACAAGAAGGUCUUCAUCUUCAAGCAGGCAUAGAAAAUCGCGACAAUCCCCGCUUGUUAAUUUUGCAAAGUUUGAUCCAGAGAAGUAUCCCAUUGAAUGCACAGAAGAAAUCGAAAGAGCAGUGAGGGAAAGGGAAAUAGAGGAGGGAAUUUCUGUUGCUGCAAUCGAUUCACACGUACCCAUCUCCCCAGGUGCAGUCGUACCAGCAUCUGAUAUACUCGCUCGUCUGCAAAGAACAACAGUACCAGAUACCUGUAUGACAGUAACCACAUUGCCUGAAGCCGAUGAAGCAAGUUCAAGCUCUUACCAAGUUGUUGAUGCUCCAACACAUACCACAGAAGAUAUCUAUGAUCUUUAUGGAUCGUUGACCCCAUCAGGAACCUUCAUACCUCGUACUGUUCAUACUCAGAUUGACUACAUGCAUUGUCUUGUCCCUGAUCAGUGGAACAUCAUGAAGUCUCCUUACUAUUGGGGUAAAAUCGAUCGAUACGAGGCAGAUAUGUUGUUAGAUAACAAGCCAGAAGGUACAUUUCUCUUGCGGGAUAGUGCCCAAGAAGAGUUCCUCUUCUCUGUCAGCUUUUGCAGGUAUGGACGCACCCUUCAUGCACGGAUAGAACAAUGGAAUCACAAAUUCAGCUUCGAUGCUCAUGACCCAGGAGUUUAUUCUUCGGACACCAUCUGUAGCCUCCUCGAGCACUAUAAGGAUCCUAAUUAUUGUAUGUUCUUUGAGCCAAUGUUGACCAAUCCACUACCUAGGGCCAAUCCGUCAUCUUUGAUGGAGCUCAGUAGGGCAAGGGUAUGCCAGCAUGUUUCAUACGAUACCAUUAGCUACCUGAAGUUGCCAAACAGCCUGAAAGAAUUCUUGAGGGAGUAUCACUACAAGCAACGUGUACGCAUCAGGAGGGUGGAGGUUGACAUGCCUCAAAUUCCAGAGGCUAAGCAAAGUAUUGUUACAAAUACUUGCAUCUCUAGGUGAGGUGCAUCUUAGUCAUUUUUUUUAUCUGUACAUUGUGUGAUAAUUUGAAAUGAUGUACUGUAUCUCAUACAGGCUACAGUCAUUUUGCUACAUGUAUAGUACAUACAUUGUAAAGGAUGUCAAUUGUUAGAAUUUUUAAUCUUAAAAAAACACAAAAAUAUUACAGCUACAUAAUUGUUCAUUGUAAAGGAUGCCAUUUUGUUAUGAUCCUAAAUGUCUGUAUACAGACCUUACUGACACAUCAUCGUUCAAAGUCUUUGUACCCUUAAAAGUAUUCACUUUCUCUUCAUUGUAUUCAAUUACACAUGUACAAUGUACUUUCUGCUUUUGCACUUUUUCACCACCUAUCUACAUUUACAUGUAAUAGAGCAGUCCUACAAUCUACAUGUAUGUAAAUGUACAUGCAUGUAUGUAAACUAAAUUACCGGUACAUACAUGUACAUUACAUGUAAUUGUACAGUACAUGUACAUGUAGGCCUACGUACAUGUUAUUUUGUCCAAAAAAAAAAAAAAUUGGGAGUUCCAACAGAAUGAGGGAAAUGUAUGUAUGUAGUAAAAAAUACCUGAACUUUUUGGAGGUAAAGAGGAAGUCAUUAACUAAGUAUUUCAAAAGGUAACAAAUAACCAGUGUUCACCUUGUAGUGCCCCGAGAGCACAUAGAUGUGCAGUUGAGGCCAAAAGUUUACAUACAUGUACACCCACAUAAUUCAUUGAAAAUUGUUCGUUUGCCAAUCAUUGUACAAUUUAGUAUAUCUUUAGAAAUAUACUACCAUGACAACUUUGGUAGCAAAUGAAAGAGUGUAUUAAGCUCUUUCACAUGAUUGGGAUGCCGUUGGGAUUAGAGUAUAUUUCAGGUGGAAUUUUCUCUGAAGAAAAAAAAAGAAAUUUUCGUUCCAAAUGUAUUGUUAUUAAUAUAUUUUCAAAUUUCAUUGAAUCAUAGAAAAAUGUAAAAUCUAUGAUUUAUAUUACAUUUUCUAUCAUGAUAUGUCACCACUGAACAAAAAAGUGUGAUCUGUUCUGGAAUGUUUGUGUUAAGAGGUAACUAGCAGAAAUAUGAAAUGUUGUGUCAAGUUUUUAUUUGUAAUUUGUCUAAAAUAUGAAGAUUUGUUGGAGGAAAAUGACAGAUCUACAUGUAAAUAUUUUUCAGCUCUUGAUGACAAAGCAAUGUGAUGAAGGGUUAUGACAUAUUCUCAUUGUUUGAUAUCAAAUUUGUCAUGAUAGCACAAACAUUACAUAAGAUACAGUAAAUUUUAUGAUGUUUGCCAAGUAUCAACUUUUCUCUGAAUUUCCUGGGUGUAUGUAAACUUCUGGCCUCAACUGUACAUGUAGUGUGCCAACCCUGUUGCCAGCGUAGUGGUGACUGAUUUAAAUAUGAAAUGAAAUUCAAUUAUUUUUCAGGCAGUAUCCCUGGCCGAAAAUCCUAAUGUCUAAAGAGUAGGCCUAUAGGCUAUCUUUAAAUGAACAAAAAAUCUGAUAAAAAUGAUGAAGUUAUUGAAUUUUUAACUUCAGCAAUAUGUUUGGAAACCGAUGUGCAAAUGGUAUGCCAUUAAUUUUCAUGAACAUUUGGUUCAUGUACGUACAUGUAGGCCAAUUAGUCAUGUCUCCACUUUCCCUUUUCUUAUUUUCUUAAAAUAAACAACAAUUCAUAUUUCUAAAGGGGAGAUAACAUCAGCUUGCUUACAAUAUUGCAUAUUUAUGAAGAAACACAUAACAAACACACCAAAAUAAUGCAAAGUUUUGAAAUGUCAUAAAUUUGCUAUUCCUCAUUCAAUGAGGAAUUGGAUGAUGGAUUCCUCACCAAAUUAUUUUAAUGAAACUUUCAGUAUGUCUGAUUUUAUACUUCAAAUCAUAUGAGGCCCAAUUUUCAGCAUGGAGUACUCCUCGUUUUCAUUUAAGUCUGUAGUAGAGAAAAAUGAAUUGAAAUGGGAGAUUACUGAACCAAAAGAAAAUCAAUAUACAUGUAUACAUAAUUUCUAUUCUUUCAUUCUGAAAAGUCAUUGAUAUUCUCUGAAUUUUCUUUACAAGUACAUGUUCAAUGUUAUUAUUCUGCAUAUGUCUCUUACAGUGUACAUUCUAAAAUCUAGUGGAUUCUAGAUUUAUGAAUGAUUACAAUCAUACAUGUAUCCACGAUUCCACACUACAUGUAUGUACAUGUAUCUGUAUUCAUUUUAAUUUAUCUGAUAAAACUUCAAGGAAUAAUUUUCCUGGUAUCACGUCACAAUUUGCUCUACAUUUUUUAAAGACUGAUACAUCAAAGAAAUUUUGUGUAGUUUUACAACAGACUUUACAAAAUAUAGAUGAAAGUUUUUCUCUUACAACCAGAAAUGCAUGUACUAUUAAAUCAAAUUUAAGAAGUAAAAUUAUUCCCUGAACUUGAUAGCAGACUAGUUCAGGUCAUAAUUGCUAGAGAAUUUAUCAUGUAUUUGCCAUAUUAUGAUUGGAUUUUUAAGACCAGUCUUAUUACUGUAGCGUGAGCAGGAUCUAUAACUACAUAAAAGUACAUUUAACUUUAUAUUAUGCAAUCAUGUAUGUUGAUUAUCUCAGCUCAUACUACAUACAUGUAGAUGUACAGAUCAUGAAAUAAAAUCAGUUCAUUUUUUGCCAUAUAUACAUGUACAUGUAAGUGUUUGAGUAAUUGUGCAAAUGUAAAUUAUAGGCCUAUAGUGUGAAAGCUGAUUGAAUUUUUAAUUGCAAAAAGAAGCUGCUGAAAACUGCUUAUCUAAUAAAAGAGAGCCAAUGGAGUAAAUUAGAAAGUCAAAAAGGGGCCUAAGCUUUCGAUCCUAGCAGAAUCUUCGUCGGAGGCAAAAUGAAUUUUUAAUUGCAAUCUGUAUCCCAAAUCAUUAUCCCAAAAUGUCAGAUUUCCCUGCAUAUGCAUAAUCAUAUCGUGUUGCUACACUUCAUAUAGAAGUUAAAUAAUGAUCCAAUGUUGUCUUUUGUAGAUGGCAAAUAAUUGUAACCUGACCAUUUGUUUAUAAAACUGGAAAACGCUGCCUUCUGUAGUUCAUAAAAUCAGGGCAAUGGUAUCAUUGUCAAUGUGGUUUCAAUUACACAAGUUUUUUUUUUUUUUUUUAACAGAUAUGAAAAUGAAUACAGUAGAAUAUAUGUUGUUGAAUAAUUAAUGCAGAGUCUUCCCCUAUUAAAAUGUAAUUGUAGUGACAUUUGCACAUGUCACUUUGUUUAUUUGAAUUUUGAAAUACAUGUACAGGUACCAGUUCUUUUAGGAAAGCAUGCACAUCUCUUUUUUUCAGUAAGAUGUAAAGGUAAAGGACUUGAUCUUUUUGCAUCUUACACCAUUCAUUUCUUACCAUAGAGUUGAAAUUCAGAGUUGAGAAAAUAUUCAGACUAAACAGAAAGGGGGGUGGAAGUUACAUACUUAAAUUUCAUCAUUCAUCGGCAUUAUGUUAUGGAUAGAAAUAAAAAAAUAAAAAUGGGUUUUGAUAUUGCAAACACAAAGCAGCAGCUGUACAUGUACAUCAAGGUACCAGUUUUAAAGAAUCAUUCAAAAUAGAUGGAAUUCACGUUUUGACACACUACUCCGGAAAUAAGAGAAUCAAGAGAUGAAUAUUACAUUUCAAGCGAUGGAAUAAACAAGAGGAUUUGACUUAUUUUUUUCUUCAUGCGCUAUCCCUCGGAGUAAUCCAGCACUAGCUCAUUUCCAUAAAUAAAGCCAUGAGGCUUUCUCUACGAUCCAUCGCUUCCUGUCAUUUGCAUAUCAUUUGCCAGGAGGCAGGUAAUGGAAGAGAUACUAUGAUCAAAUUCUACCUUAGUCUCUUUUGUCUACGUUUGCAUUUUGAUGGAAUGUAGUCAACAUAUUGUACUGGUAGUAUGUUUACGAUUUGUCUCAAAAUUUAGAUGGAAAAUUAAGUUUCAUAUGGGGUUUUCAAUUUUCAUCUGUUGGUAAUAUACUUUGUACCAGUUCUAAAAGGGGCCAAUCAUACAUGUACAUGUAGAUGAUAGAAUUUUCAAUAUUGUAGGAAAGAUAGAAGAAUCUACUGUAAUUCUUUUUAAUGAUAAUUCAAUGACUUUACAACAGACUUGAGGAGGGUCCAUGGUCAAACACUCAUUCCAAUAACCAUUUUUAAAAGAAAGUACACAUACACUACAUGUAUUACUCCCCAUGAUUUUUUUUUUGUUGCAACUUGCAACUUGCUCAAAUUUUCAAUAUAGAUCUGUGUUUUGACUUUCUGAAUGUUUGAGAAAUGAUUUAGACUUUCAUUUUGGCUUGCCACCUACAUGUACUUUGUAUGAUUGUUGGAAAAUGUCCAGCUUCCUUAUAAACAUGUACUUGUAGUGUGCCCAGGGAAAUGAAAAGUGUCAAAUCUCCCAUCUCAUUGGUAUAAAUGGUGAAGACCGAAGGGUAAUCCAGGCUGAAAGUGAUGUGAUUUGCUCAGAGAGAGUAAAAUCAGACAAACAAAGCACAGGAUUUCAUCAAAAGUGGACAAGGAUAAGUUUUAAUUGUCAUUAAAAAAUACAGUUAUGUUAUUUAACAUAAUUUUUUUUAAAUGACAAUUCAAACUUAUGAAUUAUUUGGGUGAUACAGUUCUAUAUCAUGUUUGUCCUAAUGAAUAUUCAAUGAGUGAGCUGAUGUCAUCUCCCCAUAGACUAUGUUUUUUUUUUUAAUGUAAUUGGAAAUUUUUUGAAAUACUGUGUAUGUAAAUGUAGGAUUGACUACUAGUAUUUGACUACUGAUUUAAUGUGUAAAGAUAAUCAUUGCUGAAACAUGCAUACAUGUAUUGUGUUGCAACUAAAAGGCAUAUUUUUCACAUCUUUGAAGAUACAUGUACAUGUAUGAAAAAGAUUGAUUACAUGUUAUACACUAUUUGGGGACAUGACAUCUUCAGCCCACCUGUUGAAUAUUCAUGCAUGGACACAAUGUAUGUACAUGUAUGAUCUGAUUCUGCUUUAACAAGUCAUUGCUGAACUUUGAAUUCAAUUCAUUUUUAAACUCAGAUUUCAAUGAAAUUUACAGCAAUUUAAUCAUUGAAUUCAAUUCUUUUCAUUUAUACUGUAUUUCAGUCUUUACUACCCUUUUAAUUGUACAUGUAUUUGCACAGUUACUCAAUCACAAAUAUGUUAAUGAUAUUGAUUGUACAUGUAUUUAGUUCUUGUUAGUUUUGUGUAAUGUUGAAAUGCCAAUCAUGCCAUAGAAAGUGUGCUUUUAUAUUUAUGUUUCUGCUUAAAUUUAUUUAUCAAAAGUUUUUGUUUCCUUUCUUUGCUCGCAAUGUCAAUAAGAAAUAUGAGAAAAUUAUUACUAUUUGUUUUUAAGAUUAUUCUGAAAUAUGCAGUUAGAGCCUUGUAUACAUGUACAUGUGUAUAUUAGGAAUGUGAAUACAAAAGUAUUAUUACUAGGAUUGUAGUAGAAUGCAUGUUUUGAUAAUGCAACUUGCAUAUUAGAUAAUUGUAAACUUUCCAAGGCAGCAGACUCUUGUAGAAAUAUGGAUUGUUUUCACUCAAUAAAUUAUGUUUGUGUGAUAGAGAAUGAUCUCUCUAAA